AUGAAGACCUCCACCAUCCUCGCCAUCCUGGGCGCCGCCUCCUGCGCCGUCGCCAUCCGCUGCACCCAGGGCAUGACCUACUGCGGCACCUCCCUGGUCAAGAAGGGCAACUACGCCCAAGACAUGCAAACCGCCCUCCAGCGCGAGGGGAUCGCCCCGACCUCCCACCAGCUGCUGGAUUCGCUGUACCUGUGCACCGCCGACGAGGACUACCUGAUCUACCGGACCACGUGCCGUCGCGGCGCGUGCCAGGAUAACGGGGUCAGUCGGGAUGAUACCUGUAUUGGCACGGAGGAGCAGCCGCAGGAGCAGAACCGGGAUCAGAACCAGGAGCAGGAUGUUGGUCUGGGCCAGGACCAGGGGGGUCAGAAUGCGGGGCCUUAUACUACUGUCACCUUUUAG